GACGAACAACGUUGUCGUGCAUUGGCCGGGAUUGCCACGGAUUGCAACGGGUUACAACGCAUGGCGUAUGAUUGUAACCCGUUGUAGUAUUUUCCCAAAUUCGCUGAUGAUGUCGAACCUCCCCGACGCAGCUCUCGCGACUCUUCUAUCCUCGAUCCCGUUCACACCAACCGGACAUAAAGUACGGGUCCUGGGAAAAAUCCUCGUAUACGAUCUCGACACAAGCACCAUGCUCCUAAUGAACGAUGAAGAUGCUAUUCUUGUCGAUAUAUCACUCUGUACAGGCCACGCAGAGUCCAAGGACUGGCUGACUGAAAAACGAACCAUAGUGAGCGUGAUAGGGUAUGUGGAACGAGAACCUAUCCGGAACUCGAGCAGCUCGCUGGAGGUCCCGAAACUGUUCCUAGACUCGGUAACACUGAUACAAGACAUCCAACUUCAGGCUUUGAUGGUGAUACCUUCUGGCGACGUGGAUAUACGUGUAUGGAACGAAACGGUUUCACGUAUGGAGGAGCAUCGGCGACGUACUCCAGCGCCCUCGAGGUCUUGACAUCAAUCUUAGCCUUGUUAGAAGCUCGGCCAAAUGACAAAGCGGUAAUGAACCCGAGCACGAGGUUAUGGUUUGCAUAACGUCAUGCCGCGUCUUGCGUCGCGCAUCAACUUCAACUUGCACACGACUUGCCUGUCUGCAAUGAUGUCGGUCAUCCAUCAUGGAUCUCUAUCCUCACAAAAGUUGUAUCCCAUUCUGCCUCGCGUCAUCCUGAACAGGCGUCUUCCUCACAUUCGACGUCAAUCGACUUCGCCUGUACCCCAACGAACUGGAUCGUACGUCCAUUGGGCUCCCCUACCAGUCCUUUCCGACCCCUCCCUUUCCACCUUCCUCGAUCAGGCCCUUGAUCCACACCUUCCGCAUAUCCUUCCUCGGGGCCUCUUUGCGAAUUAUCCUGCCAUCAAAGAAUGGUUCAUCCCCGUUGCGCCUUCAGCUAAUCCAGGCAACGCAUCGCCAUCUUCGUCCUCGCAUCCUCCAAUCCCUCAGCCGAUCCUACACCUCAACACCGACUACCUCUCGCGUUACUCGGAUACCACCGUCUCUCUCGAACUGACAACAACUAGGGUCUCGGAUGGCACAAUCGAGGACUUCGAGCGCGUUGAUGCCCCACUCUCACUCUUCCUACAAUAUAUCGAGCUUGCAGGUAGAAAUAUGGACACCGGGACGCACAGAUACAGUAUCUACCUUGCGCAAUCAUCUUUAUCCUCGCUUCCCCCUGAAUUACUCGCGUCACUACCUAAGCCCGAAUUCGUCAUCUCCAGCUACACCUCACCGCCAUCUUCCACAACUCUCACUAGUAGUCCUCGAUUGAGUGGGAACCCUGGAGAUAAUAUCUAUGGCUCGUCUCUAUGGCUUGGACUGGCACUGACCGAAACGCCACUCCAUCGAGAUCCAAAUCAUGGCCUCCUUAUGAUGUUGGCCGGUCGAAAACGAAUCAGGGUCGUUUCACCAAGAGUCGGCAAAGACAUCUUCGAUACUGUCAAAGCCAGGACCAUCACGCGCUCCAGUAUGGAUGGUCAUGACGGCGGAAGGGGAAGGGUGAGAGGUAAAGAGAUGAUGAUUGGGGAUGAGAGGGAAGGUCUGGAUGAGAUUGUUUGGGGCCCACAGGAUGGUCGCAGCGGUAAAAGCUGGGAAGGGUUCGAUGGUGUACUUGACGUUGGUGAUGCGGUAUUUCUACCCAUGGGAUGGUGGCAUAGCUUGAAGGGCGUAGGGGAGGGGAUGGUAGGAUCGGUCAACUGGUGGUUCAGAUAAAUAAAUAAAACAUGAUAAACAAUGCCAAUAGUUCACCGUCACUGUACGCGAGUUGCAUGUGGGAUGCCAGCUCAUCAUCAAUAACAGUAACAUUGA